GUUUAGAUGCGUAACACGGUCGUGAAUCUCACGAGAGACAAAACGAAAUGUGAAAUGUUUCUGAUUCGUAAUGACCCGAAAAAAUAAAUAUUUCUUAGCGUGCGUGAGUGAAUAAUAUUGUGGUCCAACUUACCAGAAUGGAGGCUGGUUCGUCGAGAAACGAGGAAGUUAUAGCGCCAGAGCUGUACUUCCUGAUUGCCAAGUUUCUCACGGCAGGGCCAUGUCAAGAUGCUGCGAAGGUGUUAAAAGAAGAAUUGGAGCGGAUCAAGAUAUUACCCCAAAGACUUGACUGGGAAGGAAAUUUACAUAAUCAAAGUUUUGAGGAGUUGGAAAGAAAAUACUCUCACAUUGGAACUCAACACCUGUUGAAAAUAUGUGCUCGAAUCGGUCCAGUUUUGGAAAAAGAAAUUCCUCCUUGUAUAACUGGAGCUAUUUCCUUAUUAGGCGCAGGAAAACAGUCGCUUUUACGCACAAAAGCAGAUUUGUUGCAAAUUUCUCGUGGAAUUUCACUUUAUUCUGGAAGAAUCAGUGGAAAAUCUUUUAUAGGAAUACCGAAUUCAUCGCUAGCACAUAAUGUUGUUAAAGUGCUUCAAGGCAGAGAGAAUUCCGGUCCCUUGAGUAGACAUGAGGUGAUUCAACCAUCAUUCUACAGUAAAUUACAAUUAUAUCGCCACACUCUCGGACACUUGUCGGCAGUUUAUUGUGUUCUUUACGAUCGUACCGGUAAAUAUGUAAUAACCGGUGCUGACGAUUUACUCGUAAAGGUCUGGAGUUCAAGCGAUGGUCGUUUACUGGCAACGUUUCGUGGAGCCUCUGCCGAAAUAAUGGACAUAGCAGUGAAUUUCGAUAAUACGCUAUUAGCCGCCGGAAGUUUGGAUAAAGUACUGCGAGUUUGGUGUUUUCAAACAAUGUCACCGGUUGCUGUUUUAUCCGGACAUUCGGGAAUGAUAACAUCAGUGAAGUUUUGUCCAAUUUCAAGUAACGAUAUUUAUUAUUUAGUGUCGACGAGUAGUGACGGUUCGGUGGCAUUUUGGCCACACACGAAGAAACAUAACGAGCGAGCUUGCUUUCAACCGAAACCAAUACAAUAUCAUGAGAAAAUGCGACCGGGCCAGGCGCAAAUGAUUUGUGCGUCGUUUAGUUCGGGUGGUGCGUUCAUGGCGGCAGGAUCGGCUGAUCAUCAUGUGAGGGUUUAUGCGAUGAUUGGAGAUGAGGGUCCGAGACGUGUGUUGGAAGUGGAGGCGCACAGUGACACGGUGGACAGUAUACAGUGGUGUCAUCAUCAUGGUUUGAGGUUUAUUUCCGGCUCGAAGGAUGGAACGGCGAAUGUUUGGCACUUUGAGCAACAGCAGUGGAUGCAUAAGCGAUUGGUGAUGACGGCGAAAUUGCCUGGGGAGCCUGAGGUUGAUGAGGAGACGACGAAAAAGGCGAAGGUCACGAUGGUGAAUUGGGAUUCGAGUGAUGAAUUCGUUAUAACGGCGGUGAAUGAUAGUUCGCUGAAGGUUUGGAAUGCGAGAACGGCGGAAUUGGUGAAGGUACUGCGGGGGCAUAAGGACGAGGUUUUUGUUCUUGAGUCACAUCCGAUUGAUCCGAGGAUUAUUUUGAGCGCUGGUCAUGAUGGUCAGUUGAUAAUUUGGGAUGUAUUGAAGGCUGAUCCGAUAGCUUGUUUUCAGAAUUUUAUUCAGGGGCAGGGGAAUGGAGCGGUUUUUGAUGCGAAAUGGUCACCGGAUGGAACGAUGCUGGCGGCGACUGAUUCACAUGGGCAUUUGAUGAUGUAUGGCUUUGGCGCUGGGGUUGAAUUGUUGAAGAUUGUACCGAAGGAGUUGUUUUUCCAUACGGAUUAUCGACCGUUGAUUAGGGACUCGAAUAAUUAUGUGCUGGAUGAGCAGACACAGACGGCGCCGCACUUGAUGCCACCGCCUUUUUUGGUUGAUGUUGAUGGGAAUCCGUAUCCACCGAAACUGCAGAGAUUGGUGCCUGGACGGGAGAAGUGUCGGGGGGAGCAAUUGGUGCCGAAUAUUGCAGUAGGUGUGAGUGGAAUGCAAGAAGUGAUUGAAGGUCUUCCAGGGCAUGAACCACGUUCGAAUAUUGAUAGAUUGAUCGAGGCACUCGCACAAAGGCAGAAUAUUAAUGUCGAGGGGGAGAAUGCGGACGAUAAUCAGGGUGAAGCGCCGCUUAGACAGAUUUCGAGUCCAAGGGGUAAUCGACCGGGUUUGAGGAGAGUGGGCGAUGUGGAGGGUGUGAGGCAAAGUAGCGGAAAUUGGCAACGUGACAACACGACACCUUGGAAUAAGCCAAUUCUAGUGAAACCUUUGAAUCCGUCGAUUCUUCAGACACAAUUGAAUCAGAUAAAUGCGAUGGCUGAAAUGGAGUUGGAGACGUGGCGAAGGGAGAUGCAACGAAGACCAAAGAUUGUCUCGACUGGAAAUGAGAUGCAGGGUGGUAUCGGUAAUCGAUUGAAUCGGAAUAAACGGAAUCGGGCGAGACAUGGAUAUAGGACGAGAGCGGCUAGAGAGGACGAACAGGACGAGGAGGAUUAUGAUGAUCCGGACGCAGUUGCAACGAGUAACACUUCGGCGAGUUCGAACAGUAAUGAUUCGUCGGCUGAUGAUGCUGAUAUUUGUUCGGAUAGUUCGAGUUCGAAUGCGAGUAGUGAAUAUUCGGAUUGGAUGGCUGAUCAUGGGGUGAAUUUGGAACCGCCGAAACGUAGCAAGCGUAAGCCUGUGAAGAAGAGAUCGGUGACGCCGCAAAGUGACACGGACCGUCGAAGGAGUCAACGACCGAAGAAGAAAAUUGUCCUUCCAGUAACUAAUGGACUCGAUGAAGUGCCUGAAGCUUAUCGUCCAACGGAAUGGCUCACGGAAGUGAUACCGAGAAAAGCACCUUAUUAUCCCCAAAUGGGAGAUGAGAUCGUCUAUUUCCGCCAAGGUCAUCAAUUUUACAUUGACGCCGUGAAGAAGAAGAAAGUCUACGAAUUGGGACCUCGGUGUGAACCAUGGUCGAAAAUGAACAUCAAAGCCAUGGAAUACGUAAAGGUUGUUGGUAUUAAAUACGAAAUACGUCCACCGAGACUCUGUUGUCUGAAACUCGCGAUAAUGAACGAAGACGGCCGAUUAACGGGAGAGAAUUUCACCAUCAAGUAUCACGAUAUGGCUGACGUUCUCGAUUUUUUGGUACUUAGACAAACUUUUGAAACCGCAUUGGCUCGCUCAUGGUCCUUGGGUGACAGAUUUCGGUGUAUGAUCGACGAUGGCUGGUGGAUGGGACAAAUACAGUCGAUGGAGCCGCUUGAUGAGAAUUUUCCCGAUUCUUACUUUAUGUGCUUCCAUGUGCGAUGGGAUAAUGGGGAAAUUGAAAAAAUGAGUCCCUGGGAUCUUGAGCCAAUUGAUGAAUGUAGACUUCCCGAUGUUAUUGGCGGUGCUGUUCCUGUUCUUCCAGAAGAAAUUCAAGCAAUUUUAUAUCAACCGCAGGCCGAGGAAUGGCCAAUGGGCGAUAGAGAAGCGACAUGUCGACGAAUUAUUCGUGGACUCGAUCAAGUUAUGAGUUUGGCAAUUGCCGAACCAUUUGUUGUUCCCGUUGAUCUCAAUAUUUAUCCGUCGUACGCUUUUGUCGUUGAAUAUCCUAUUGAUUUGUCAACAAUUAAAGCACGAUUUGAAAAUCAUUUUUAUCGAAGAAUCACAUCUGCACAAUUUGAUGUUAGAUAUCUGGCAACGAAUGCUGAAGAAUUCAAUGAGCCGCACAGUCAUAUUGUUAAACAGGCCAGGAUUGUUACUGAUCUCUGCUUGAAAAUUAUAAAAGACACGACAGAAUUGGAUGUCGCGGCAGUUUAUCAUCAAUUAGUUGACACUUAUCAUUCAUCUGAGUCUGAUAUCGAUGUAGAAGAAAAUAGUGAAAAACCCUCAACAAGUAGAUUAAGAUCGUCUUCGAGUAAACGACUGAGAUCACAAACAUUUGCUCAAGAUUGGAAAACUGCCUGUCGACAAUUGUUAGAAACACUUUGGCAGUGUGAAGAUUCAGUUCCGUUUAGGGAACCUGUAGAUAGGCUGGAGCACGCAGAUUAUUAUCAAAUUAUAGACACACCUAUGGAUCUAAGAACAGUGAAGGAGGAUUUAUCAGGUGGAAAUUACGAGACACCAGCGGAAUUCGCCAAAGAUGUGAAAUUAAUUUUUACAAAUAGCAGAACUUACAAUACGAAUAAACGUUCAAAGAUAUACACAAUGACAAUAAGAUUAUCAUUAAUGUUUGAAGAAUUGAUGUGUAAAGUUUUGUCCAGCUGGAAUUCGGAAAAGAGACGAAUAUUGAAAGAUAAACGAAAACCGAAAGGAAAAUCGAAAGUGAAAGGUAAAGGUAAAGCAAAAGCAAAAGGAAGCAAACGAUUGACAAAUGGAGCUGGGCCGUCAAAAGAGUCCGAUAGUAGUGAUGAAAAUGAUGCAAAUGUUGCAAAUUAUACCUACGAUGAUGACGAUGACGAUGAUGACGAUUCUACUCGAGUCGAUGGUCCAGGUCCAUCAAGAUUAGCAAAUGGACACGUGAAACGGGCUGGUACUUCUUCAAGAUCAAAUAUCAAACUCAGAUCGCCAAGGAAGACAUCACCAAAGAAGAAGAAUAAAUUGAAUUAUGGUGAAAUGAGUGAUUCUGAAAUAUCGGAAAGCGAAAGCAGUAAUAGUGAACCGGUUCGAAGAACAAGAUCAAUGAAGGCAAUGGCCAGCGACGUUAAUGACAGUGAUUCUGAGGAGAGUUACAAGCCAGGAGGUCGUGGUAAACAAACGAAGAAAAAUCGAGCAAAGAAUAAUAGAAUAAAAGUAAUAAAACCAAAACAGAAGCAACCGAUUGUCGAAGAUGAUGACGAGGACGAUCACGAGGGUGAUGACGAUGAUGAAGAGAAUGAAGAAGAAGAAGAGGAGGAGCAGAUGGGAGAAGAGGAAGAAAACAAUGAAGAGGAAACUGCAAUAUUUCCAUUGAAUCAAAGAAUUUUCGUCUCACAAUCGUCCGAAGAAAGUGAACACGAAGAAGUUAUUCGUCGAACAAGUUCGAGGGCUUGUAAGGUUGUGAAUAAAAUUGUCAAUCAAUCGAACGAUAAUAGUGUCAGUGAGAGUGCAGAGGAAGAAGAAGAAGAAGAAGAAGAACAAAAUAAUGCCUCAAACGAUCCUCAAGAUUCCGAUAGUCAAGAUAUUGGCUCACCUGUUAAAUCGACUCGAUCUCAAACAAGGUCUCAAAUGUCUCAGGAAUCCGACAGUCAGGACGGGACACAAUCGUCGCGAAGACGUGGUAAACGUCCUCAUUAUAAUGAAGACAGUGAGGACAGUAAUGGCGAUCCAGUGAGAAAUCGUCGUAGUGUUAAACGAAGAUAUUACGCGGAGGAAAGUGACGAAAGUGUGCCAGAAAAUAGAAACGGUAUCACAAUCAGUAGCAGAGGGCGUGUACGUAAAAUGACUGCUCGUGCUAGAGCCUAUCUUCUAGAACCACCUUAACGGCCUUUUUUUCAUUUAGUGAUAUUUCUCUAUUAAAAAAACAGAAAAAAAUAGUCGAUAAAUUUAAAAAUCGACGAAGUAACGAAUUAUUAAACGAGUUAAUUAAUUACUCGUGUUUUUUGUGAUCAAGAUUAGAUCCAGAUUUUACAAUUUAAUUAUUCUGUAAAUAGUGAAUUGAUUACUGAUUAAGUGGAUUUAGAAUAUUGUGCACAAUGACAUUGAACAUUUUUCAACGAAAAUGGGAAGGGAGGGGGGAAGAAAAUAUGUUUUUCUUUUUGAGAAAGUCAUUAAUUAAGAAAAAAUUGCAUGAUUCUGGAAAUUUUUCAAGGAAGAGCAUCGCUUAAUGAUUAAAGGGAAAAUUUUUUAUUCCCGUGUCCUUAAAAACUUUCAGAGAAAAAUAAUUUCAUGCACACUGUCCAAAACGUUAGACGUAAAUCUUUUUUUCCUAAACUUAAGAGUUAACUUAGUUCACUUAAAUAUUGAAAGUUUUUGUUCGAGAAUUUGAAUUUUGAAAAAUGUUAAUUUCGUUUUCCCGAAAAAUGUUUUGAAAAAAAAAAAUUUUUUACACGUUUAAAUCCUCACACAAUUUAUUCUGUAAAAACGUAUAAAGUAAAAAGAGUUCAGUUGUUUAUUAAAGAGGAUCAAGAUUUUUGUGGAAAAUUAUUUUUGUUUUUUUUAAUUACAAUGAUGAUCCCCUUUAUAAAUUUCAAUUCAAAUGUUUAUAUUUAAAGAAUAAUUUAAUUAUGUAUGUAAAUAACUAUUAUUAUUCGUUACCAAUUAUUGAAAAAGUUAUCACAAUUUUGAAUUUACAUAUGAAAUUGGCAGAACAAGAAAAACCGGCAUUAAUUUGACAAAGAAAAAUUCAAAUUUCCAAUUGAAUUGAAACUUAUAACAUAUCUCAGUAAAGAAAAAUUAUUUUAUCUCCAGAAUGUGUUUUGUUUUAAAAAAAGAAAAAUUCAAAACAAAAAUAAUUUCGAAUAUUUAAAAGAAAAAGAAAUUGAACGAAAUUGGGUUUAAUCGAAAAAUAGAUAAUUGUGUUUCCAAAGUAGUUUUACAGAGAAAUAAUGUUAGUAUCAUUUAUUGGACGUCUCGACUGUCUGAAGUCAUUGUGAUAUUAGAUUAAGAUUAUUAUUAAAAUAAUUAAUGUAACAAGAAAAAAAAACAAAUGGCUUAGCAAUGAUUAUUUUUUUAAAAAAAAAAGAAAAGCUAAGAGUAAAAUACACCGUUUAAAGCGGAUAUUCUUAUUUAACUGCGAGAUAUAAAAAAAAUAGAGUUUAACUUGAGUUUCAAUCCCAUUUUUCAUCUACCUGAAUUUUAUACAGAAUAGUUAGCCUAUUUUCAAAUGGUAAAUCCCUUAAAUGAAUUAGUAUAAUUUUUCUUUGUAAUGUUCAUUAGGUUUUUAGAUUAUUUAUCAAUGGAGAGCUAUUAAUAAUAAAAAAUAAUGGUUCUCUAUCAAGUAGAUUUUAUUACGUGUAUACUUAAAAGAAAUGCACUUCUUCAUUUAAGUGCUAAAUUAUGUACAGUGCAGUUUUCAUUACGAAUACUAAUAAAUUCUUAUGAAAUUGUUUGCUAAUUGAUAA